AUGUUUGGAGCCACCUGGGGCCCAGAGACCUGCGGCUCUGCCUACGACGGCGGCGGCGCACGGCUCGAGAUCGCCGGCCGCGACGGCCUGCCGCCGCCGCCGUCGCCGGGGGACGUCGCGCAGAUCAACUGCAGGCUGCCCGGCGGCGGCUGCCACAAGGGGGAGCUCACGCUGCUGGGCCAGCGGCAGGCGCUGGAUCUGGGCCGGUGGCUGCGGCAGCGAUACGCCGAGGAGUUCGGGUACCUGCCGGGCAGCUACGCGCCCGGCCUGGUGUCCUGCCGCACCACCAAGUUCUCCCGCACCCGCGAGACGCUGCGCGGCGUGCUGACCGGCCUGUACCCUGGCAACGAGACGCCCAUCCCCGUGGUGUCGUCCUCAGACAUUGACCAGCUGCUCUACGCUGACUCCCAGCACUGCCCCCAUCUUGGUCUCCUUAUGGAGGCGUCCGCCGCCAAGCUGGCCGCCAAGGCGGCGGCCGACCUGCAUACGCGUGCGGAGCUGCAUUCGGGGGUGGAGGGCGCGGUGCCUGGCCUGCCUGAGGACUUUUGGUCGCGCAAGUGGAGCUAUACGGUGUUUGCUUCCAGCACUGUUCGGCAGCAGCAGCAGCAGCAGCAGCAGCAGCAGCAGCAGCAGCAGCAGCAGCAGCAGCAGCUGCGGCCUGAAAUCUGUAUGGCUCUUGCCACGCGCCAGUUUGCAGGCUUCCUGUGCCCCUCCCUGGACGACGAGCACGGCCACGCCAUGCUGCGCCUCUCGAUGGGGCGCCUGCUGGACAUGCUGGUCCUCAACAUGAACGCCGCCGCCGCCGCGGCCGGCGAGACCGUCACCGCUGGCACUGGCGGCGGCGGCGGCGGCGGCGGCGGCGGCGGCGAGGGCGGCCUGCCGAAACUGCACCUGUUCUCGGGGCACGACUCGACCCUGAUGCCGCUGAUGCUGGCGCUAGGGAUUGACGUGGAGGCCACUGGCUGGCCGCCAUACCUUUCAAAUGUCGUGAUUGAGCUGUGGGAGCUCAACCAUCACCAGCAGCAGCACAACGGCCACCCUCAGCAGGAGCAACAGCAGCAGCAGGAGCGGCAGCAGCAGCAGCAGCAGGAUCACCCGGACCAUCACCAGCAGCAACUUCACCCACACACGACUGACGGCGGCCGACUAGCGGUGAGGGUCCUGUACAACCAGCAGCCCCUGGAGCUGCCCGGCUGCCCGCCCGACAAACUGAUGGGCCUGUCCACCUUUGAGAGGGAGCUUCUAGGCAGCUUCAUCCUGUCGGAGCAGGACCAUGCACAGGCCUGCAUGGUCCCGCUUGACCACGACUCGCCGCUCCCCAACAUCGUGUCACCCGCCAACAUCAACGCCGGACCCGCCAAUGUGAACGCUGGGGGCGGCUCGGCGGCAGCGCCGGCCGCGAAGAGCGGUCAGGCGGCCUGA